ACAAAUCAAGUAGGUACUGCCCCCGAAAUGUGGAGACUCUAUACAACGACUGUGUUUGUUCCAGGCUGAUUCUGCUCUCUUUGGCGUGUGCCCGCUACUUCCCACACACGUGGUUUUGUUCUGAAGGGGGCGUCUUUGUGCGUGUGUACAUGAUAGGCGUGUUGACUAUCCUCGCUUGCAAUAUUGUCCUUUUGGUUCCACUGGUGAACAGGAGCGCCCAGGGUGCCAUCUUAGACACAGCAGCAAGGCGUGUGGUUGCCCCAAUUCUAACAGUAAAGAUUCUGCUGCUUCUCCCAGAGGUUGGCUGGAACAUCAUGGGGACGAUUUGGAUGUUUGGGCAUUCUGUGCAGUGCAGCAGCGAGCAUUUCACCAGGACUGUCACAGAAGGGCUGGUGCUGUUCAACUGGGUGCUUCUGGCGCUAACGCUGUUCGGUCUUGCCGUCGUCUUUGAUCCUCUGGGCUCCGCGCACUUCAACGAGCAGGAGUUGACGCUGGAGACGCUGCGGCACCGCAGAUUAACACGUCUCUGGAUGCGGCGACUGAAAUGGACCUUUUGCUGGAUGCGGCGGGACGAACAUGGCAAGGACGCCUUCCUCCACAUGGCCAAUUUUUUCAGCUCACUCUUUCGAGGAACUGACAUGGUGCCCUCUGACUAUGUGGCCGGCUUCAUCCUGAUGAGGGUCCUGCAGAAGCGCAAGACCAGGGAGAUGCGAAGACUUGAGCUUCUGGACCAGCAGCCUCAGUACAUACAAGAUGUGCGAACGGUGAUGGCAGAUGCGCCGGAUUGGAUGUCACUGGAGCUAGCACAUCACUUCCUGAAACUGGCUAUUGCUGCCUACACAUGGCCAUUUGUGAUGUAUCGGUAUCCGUUCAGUGGGUUGGUUAAGCUUACAGGUAACAUGACUUGCUGCUCUUGCUUAAGAUCGAAGUCGAUGCUGGUACAGGAGGACAAUUGCUGCUUCUGCAAUCUUGCGGGCAUCAGAUACCUGUCCAUGGUUGCUGACGACGAUAUUCUGUUUGCUUCGUUCCGGAACCGCAUAUUUGAGAUGCCGUACUAUUUGGUGGCUGACCAUAAGACUGGCAGUAUUGUUCUUGUGAUUCGUGGAUCCAUAUCUAUGCGUGAUAUUUUCACCGAUCUUAAUGCAGGUGCAGAGAAGUUUGAGGCUGAAGGACUUCCACCAAACAGUAUGGCUCAUAGAGGAAUGGUGAUCGGUGCUCAUUAUAUCAAGAGAGAUCUAGAAGAUCUAGAUAUAUUGAAUAAGGCUUUUGGACUCUAUCCACACUACAAACUUGCUAUAACAGGACACAGUCUUGGGGCUGCUGUGGGCGUUCUUGUGGGCUGCUUGCUUCGCUCCAAAUACCCGAAUUUGAGAGUGUAUGCACUGUGUCCUCCAGCGGCUGUGUUAAGUCGGGAAGCAGCGCGCUACACUGAGGACUUCACAUUCUCUGUGGGUGUUGGAGACGAUUUUGUCAUGAGGCUCAGCAUCGAUAGUUCCGAGGACCUGCGGACAACUCUGCUUCACGUGCUUGAGGCUUCUCACUUGCCAAAAUACCGGAUUAUGCUCAAUGGGUUUGGGUAUGCUAUAUUUGGAGUUCCAACGCGUGACCUGGAGACCACAUGGAAGAGUGAAUGCACUACACCACCAGCACCAGGUCAUCUGCCCCUGCUGUUCAGAUCUCCAGAACCCACUACAUGGAGUGAGGUUUCUGUUCUAGAGAAGGAUGUGCCAGCCCGCCGUUUCUCUCGAACUCGUCUCUUCUCACCAGGACGCAUACUGCAUAUCACCUACAGAAAGAAGAGUGGAACAGACAAGAAGUCAGGUGCCAGAAGAUCACAGUUUGUGAUGCGGUGGGCAGCUGCUGAGGAGUUCAUGCAGCUUGCAGUAAUGCCACGCAUGGUCCUUGACCACCUGCCAGAGAAUGUGGAGAAGGUGCUGGAGACUAUUCUGCAGGAUCAGCAUGAACGGGAACACCGCCUGCACCACAACUUACCAUGACACCGAGAUCUAGUGCAGUAUUGCAAUUCAACUUCAUGUGAAACCUAUGUGUUUCAUUCUGUAUAUGUUUACUGAGAGUGGUUUGAUCAGUAUUACUGAAGCAGUCUGUGCUGCUAGUGAGAUAAAGACAUAAGCUUUUUAGCAUCAAAGUUUAUAAUGGUUAUAGAGCUGGGAUAGCUUAGUCAGUGUAGUGACUAGGUUAUGGGCUGGAUGACCAAGGUUUGGUUCCCAGAAGAGCAUAAUUUGUAUUUGCCACAACAUCUAGACUGGUUUUAAGGCCCACAUUACCUCCUAUCCAUUGGGUUCCAGGGUUAUUACUACAGGGUAAAGUGGCAUGAAACUAUUGACUUCCUUCUCUCUAGUGCCAAGGUUAAGAAUGUCAAGCUCUUCCUCCAUAUCGCAAUGGUACUUAAACACAAAGUACAAAUUUACCUUUGUCAUAAUAAUUAUAUAAAAUAUAAGUUCAGAAACAUAGGACUGAACCAGGUGGCAUUAAAUGGGCAAUCAGCAGGGAAAUGCAGACACAUUGACACUUGUGGGCAACUCUGAAAGAUUUUAAACCUACUCCCAUGCUGUGUACACAGUAUGUUUAUGUUCAGCUUCAAGUCAUUAAAACAGUGGGCAGUGUGUGGAAUAUAGCGGCUUCUAAUUUGACAUCUGAUACACAGUUUGUUGCAAAUAAGUUCUUAUAAUUAAUCUUUUGCAUUACACACACACACACA